AUGAGAUUGAAAAUAUCGGGUGAUAAGAAUGAAGUUCGAUCGAGUUAUAUCCCUACUUUAUUUUCAGCUUUAUCACGCCCACUUAUCAAUGAGGGUUCGCACGGCAUCGAUCAGGUUAUCGAAUGCAUGGACUAUUAUUAUCUUAGUAAAGAAGAUUGGGAAGCAAUAAUUGAGUUAGGAAUUGGUUCUAAUGAUGGCGAAAAGACAUUGAAAAGUAUUGACAAAAGUGUCAAGGCGAAUUUCACCAGAAGAUAUAAUGCUUCAUCGCAUCCAAUUCCUUUCCUUAAAGCUUCUUCGGUGAAAUCUACAUCAAAGUCUGUAAGCUCUGUUGAAAUUCCUGAUUUUGAAGACGCGAUUGAGCCCGAGCAAGACGCUAAAGAUGAGGAAGAGGACAUAAGCGACGGAGAGGAGGAUUUGUCAAAGGAUAAAUUCAUCAAGAAAAAGAAUGCCGCUGGAGAGGGUUCUGUCCGCGGCAGGCGUAGUUUAGGCGGGGCCAGUAGAGGUGGACGAAAGUCUACUAGUAAAAAGUAG